GUUGGAGCAGAUCGAGCUGCGUUCAUUCCGUUUAAUUCUCUUUAAUUGUGUUGCUUACAUCUUGUGACCGAACCCGACCUCUAACAUGGAAGGUCUCAGUGCAGCGUGGGUUCCCAGGGAUCCACUGCCCGAGUGUGGGGAGAGCGGUGGCCGAGACCCCCGGGACAUGAACCACAGGAAGGGCGGCCUGGUCAUCUUCACCGCCAACUCGCACCCCGCCAGCCGUGAGAUGAGCAAGAGGAUUGCAGAGCGGUUAGGGGUGGAGCUUGGGAAGGUGCAGGUGUACCAGGAAGCCAACAGAGAAACACGGGUUCAGAUCCAAGAGUCGGUGCGAGGCAAAGACGUGUUUGUGAUCCAGACAGUGUCCAAGGAUGUGAACACCACUAUCAUGGAGCUGCUGAUCAUGGUGUACGCCUGCAGGACGUCCUGUGCCAGAAGCAUCACGGGGGUCCUGCCCUACUUCCCCUACAGCAAGCAGUGUAAGAUGAGGAAGAGGGGCUCCAUCGUCUCCAAGCUCAUGGCCUCUAUGAUGUGUAAAGCUGGUCUCACCCACCUGAUCACCAUGGACCUGCAUCAGAAAGAGAUUCAGGGCUUCUUUGAAAUCCCAGUGGACAAUCUGAGAGCGUCGCCCUUCCUGCUGCAGUACAUUCAGGAGGAGAUCCCUGACUACAGAAAUGCUGUGAUUGUGGCCAAAUCCCCGUCUUCUGCCAAAAGGGCUCAGUCAUUUGCAGAACGCCUGCGUUUGGGUCUGGCUGUGAUCCACGGUGAAGCUCAGGAUGCAGAAUCCGACCAGGUGGACGGGCGACACUCUCCACCCACCGUCAAGUCCUCCGGAGCCAUUCACCCCAGCAUGGACAUCCCAUUGUUGAUCCCUAAAGAGAAACCUCCCAUCACGGUGGUCGGGGACGUAGGAGGACGCAUCGCCAUCAUCGUGGAUGACAUCAUCGAUGACGUCGGCAGCUUUGUGGCGGCGGCGGAUACGCUGAAGGAACGAGGGGCGUACAAGAUCUACGUGAUGGCCACGCACGGCAUCCUCUCCGCCGACGCCCCCAGGUUCAUCGAGGAGUCUGUUAUCGACGAGGUGGUGGUGACGAACACGAUUCCACACGAGCUCCAGAAGCUCCAGUGUUCCAAAAUCAAAACUGUCGACAUCAGCAUAAUCCUGUCAGAGGCCAUCCGCCGCAUCCACAACGGAGAGUCCAUGUCCUACCUGUUCCGCAACAUAGGAGUGGACGACUGAAUAACACACACACAGUCACACACACACACACACACUCCCAUUUGCCUUUCUGACGUCUCCAGACACACAGAUGAAUGAUAAACACAAUCACACAUGAAUCCCAGUGCCCUACUUGUAUCAUAGUGUACAAAUACAACACGCUGACCUGUCCUUUGAGUGCAGCUUGACAUAGAAGACGACUGAAUCCACAUAUAAAGCUUGAGUCUGAACUCGGGGGUGUGAAGGAUUCAGCCGCUGGGUUCAGACUCAGCUGCUGACUUGUAGUUUUGUUCCUCGGUUCUGGCGGAACACACACUGGACUCCUGCCUGUCUCCGUGACGACUGCUGCCAAACACAUUUCAGUUUUUUACUCUGGUCUUUCUGAGUAGGUCUACUACCUCUGUUUAGUCACUUCUCCACCCGCCCCAAUAUGUUCCCAUUAUUGCUGAUGUUUGUGUUGGAAGAUGAUAUUUGUUGGCAUUGAAUGUCUCAUAGAUGCCAGUGAAGGAGAUUGUGCUGAGUGCCAGCGCCUCCUACAGGACGGUGGACACACGGGCCUUUAUCACGCCCAACGUUACUAAUUAAUAUCAGCUAAUUAACUUGUGUAUCCGAGUACACGAUUAAAUCCAAACCUCAGUUUGUGUCCUUUUUUAAGUUGUAUGUGAAUAUGCUACUAAUACAAUUAGUUGAGACUCGUUAGCUGUACGUCUGUGUGGUUAGCAUAGUGCUUAAAUGCUAAUAUAGUGUCAAAUCUCCUAAUUGCUAUAGUUGAACUGGAAUUAAUUUGGGAACUAUUUUCUCAUUCUAGUGAAUUGGCUGUUACAACAGUAUAUCUGUGAAAAAUAUAUCUAUAUAUGAGUCAUCCAUAUAAUAAUGUGUGCCAUCGCUUUCAACUUCACCUCCUUAUUUAUUUGAUCUUGCCACAGAUGAACAGUUGCUUCCAGCAGACGGCUCUGGACCCGACGCAGAUUUAAACCUUCAGCCGCAGCUUUACUCUCCAGUUGUUCUUGAAAUCGGUUUAAACAUGUUACACUUGAAGAAAAAUCACAAACUGCAAAAGUAAAUCGAACUCUUUUCCCUGAGGAGCAGAGACCUGACAGAAGCAGGUCUUUGUCACUUAACCAGAUGUGUUCCAAAAAAUGUUUUGUAUUUAUUUUUAGCACUUAAUCUAAAUAAAUAUGAUCUAUGAAAGAAAA